AUGUUAGUAGAGAGCCAAUACCUGAUGAAUUUGAAGAAUUCACAGAUGAAGACGAAUGGAUCGAUAAAAUCGAAGAACAAGAUAAAGCUAAAACUUAUCAUACUAAAGAAGGAUGUUGUUACUGACAACAAUCCUGCAGUAUAUGUUGUUUUAACUGCUGAAGUUUCUACAACUCCUUUUUUAACUAUUAAUACUUUUUUGAAUAGACAACAAAGAGAAGAAGCUAAAGAAAUUCUUCUAAACAACCACCAAAUCUUUACUAAAAAUAUUUCUGAAGAAGGACAAACCUUUGAACUGGGACAAACCAAAGAAAAUUCUUAG